CUGUUCGGUUCCGUGUUGUUCCGUUCGGCUCCCGACUAAACUUGGACGGGGGAUCUGCUGACACGCGCGGCACCGUGCACGCUCGCUGGUGUCGCCGUGACGUCACACCGGCUAACUUUUCCGGUUUGCUCUCGCUGACGGUGGACCGUGCGUGGAGGCGAGCUGUGGCACGCACGCAGGCUCGUGCGUGUGCGCCACGGUCACGUGCGUCGUUGAUGUUGUUGGCGACAAGAUGACGUGCACGACGGAAUGGAGCGCGCGCCGUAGCGAGCUCCGACACACGCACACACAGCGCGCGUGCGUGUGUGACGUCUUUAAAAAAGGGAGCAGGUGGAUCACUUCCGGACUGGUGUUGAGUUGGAGGUCAAAGGUGAAAGUAGAAAAAGGGUUCAUCGCAGCCAUGAACGACAUGUCGGGGUCGUGCGCUGACCUCUGACCCCUCAUGGGGCGGGUCAGGGAGGUCAACGAGCCGUCAGGACAGUCUGGGAAUCUGUGGAAUCCGGGCCAGGGUAGACUGGGAUAUUCCACGUGACCAGCAGCGUGCGGAACAUGGAGCAGGACUUCACACAGUCGACCUCUGACCUCUGAUAAGUCACUAAAUCACAACAAGAAGAAACCGGCAGGUGAGCUUUGCAAGAUGGCCGCCGCAGGAAGGACGCACCUGGUGAGAGACUUUAACCGUUUCAUCACGUGUUACCUGUGUCGAGGUUACCUCAUCAAACCCACCACCGUCACUGAGUGCCUGCACACCUUCUGUAAGAGUUGUAUCGUGCAGCACUUUGAGGAGAGCAACGACUGUCCCAAAUGUGGCAUUCAGGUGCACGAGACAAACCCCCUGGACAUGCUCAGGUUGGACAACACUUUGGAGGAAAUCAUUUUCAAGCUGGUUCCAGGACUGCGAGAGCAGGAGGAAGAGCAAGAACUGGAGUUCUGGAGGACGAGUCAGCGCAAUGAAAACCUACAAGCUGAUAGCUUUGUAAGGGUGGGGCUUCCUGGCGGUGAUGGCGGGGACGGCGGGGAUGAGGACUACCACAGGAGUGACCCUCAGAUUGCCAUCUGUCUGGACUGCCUCCGCAACACCGCCCAGACCGGCGAGAGCACCGUCACGGAUCUGAUGAAGAGAUUCAUUCGCUGCUCCAGUCGCGUCACCGUGGGAACCAUCAAGAAGUUCCUCAGCCUCAAACUCAAACUGCCCAGCUCCUACGAGCAGCUGGACGUGUUGUGUAACGGCGAGAUCAUGGGCCGCGAUCACACGCUGGAGUUCAUCUACAUGACGCGGUGGAGGCUGCACGCCGACAACACGUAUCCCAUGGUCCUUGAGUACAGACCACGCAUCGACUUUGGCUGAACACACACACACACUCGCACACAGUCACACACACAGUCGCACACAGGGUGUUCCGAUGAAGACAAUAUUUUUGUAGACUGAGCGUUAACAUGUUUAAAAGUUUUUAUGCCACAUAGAAUAAUAAUAAUAAUAAUAAUAUAUGAAGACAUGUGCUUGUCUAACCUGACAUUAAAUGUUUUUACCGUC